CAGAUCAUAUACUAUCCGCCCGAUUACGGACAGUAUGUCGAGCCGAUCAACCAAAAGAUCUAUACAGUGGUCGACCGCAGUGUGUUGGACACCGGCAACAGAACGGCGUGGAGUUACCGGACACGUAUGGCCAUCAACCCCGAGACCAAUAUGAUCACUAAGAAUACCGACUUCAUCAUCAAUAGUCGCUAUUUAGGUUAUCCCGCGUUCAUCAAAGCCAUGGCCUUCCUUCCCAUCGCAGCCGGUUUCAUACUGUUCUUCACCCUUAUCUACCAAUACGGACGCUUUCCGCCCAAAACGGACGUCUCGGCCGGCGGUCGCCUCAAGAAGCGGCACUCGAGUUGG